AUGAGGAAGAUCAACAUCAACAAGGCUGCAGGUCCAGACAUGGUCUCAGUCAUCAUUCAUUGCUUCGAGAAGAUCCUCCUGAAGUGCAUCAAGGAUGCCAUCCCCGCUGGCCUGGACAGCCUGCCGUUCACCUACAGGGAGAAUCGCUCCACAGAGGAUGCUGUCUCAUUAGCACUUCACAUGGCUCUGACACAUCUGCAACAUCCUAACACCUAUGUUAGGGUAUUUGUGGACUUCAGCUCAGCGUUCAACACCGUCCUUCCUGACAUGCUUGCCACAACCUUGGUUUAUUUGCACCACUUUGCACUUCCUCACCAACUGGCCCCAGGAGUUUUUAUAAUUAUAUUGCUCACUAAAAUGAAUGCAACAUACAUCACUCUUGAUGGCCAUGUAGAGGUUGAAAAAUACAGAUAUGUUUACUUUAUUUUAAUGUUUACAAGUUAUAUUUUGAUCCUGUCCAGCAAUACUACAGUUGUUAGUCUGAUUGUGAUUCACAAGAACCUCCAUGAGCCUAUGUAUAUUUUUAUUGCUGCUUUGUUAAUGAACUCCAUGCUUUUCAGCACUGUGGUUUACCCAAAGCUUUUGAUAGACUUUUUAUCUGAAAAACCUAUGAUAACUUAUCAGGUGUGUCUCCUCCAGAGUUUUUUAUUUUAUUCUUUAAGUGGUUCUGAAUUCUUGCUUUUGACAGCCAUGUCUUAUGACAGAUAUGUGUCCAUAUGUAAACCUCUGCAAUAUCCAACUAUUAUGAGAAAAACUAAAGUGAGUAUUUUCCUUGUCUUAGCUUGGCUUGUACCUGCUUGUCAUGUUGUUGUGGCUGUCAUUGCAUUUGCUAAUGUAAAACUCUGUAGCUUUACGUUGAAAGGCAUUUUCUGCAACAAUUCAGUGAAUUAUCUUUUCUGUGUGCCUUCAAGGGCAAUAAUGAUAUUUGGCUUAGUGGUCCUAUUCAAUAUUAGUCUUUUUCCAAUGCUUUUUGUACUAUUCACUUACACAAUGAUACUUAGAAUAGCCUAUAGAAGUUCUGGGGAAGUCAGGAAAAAAGCUGCACAGACAUGUUUACCUCACCUGCUGGUUUUAAUCAACUAUUCUUGUUUGCUUACUUAUGACAUGAUUAUUGUUAGGCUUGAAUCUGAUAUUUCAAAGACUGUACGUUUUGUAAUAACACUGCAAAUAAUAAUCUAUAAUCCUCUUUUCAAUCCAAUCAUAUAUGGACUGAAAAUGAAAGAAAUUUCUAAACGACUAAGACAGUUGUUCUAUUAUGCUAGAGGAAAAUAA